AUGGCAGAGCCCGGAGCUGAGACGGUGCUUCCGAUCCGUGAAGGGGAAGGCGAGAAGAAGGCCGCUGCAGAGCAAGAGAUCAACCCUUGGGACGUUCAAGCUGCAGUUGACGAGAAUGGAAACACACUCGCAUUCGAUUACGUUGCUAUCUCACAAAAGUGGGCGACGAAACUUAUCGACGACGAACUUCUCCAACGAUUCGAGCGUCUUACGGGUCAUAAACCACACCGUUGGUUAAGGCGAGGACUUUUCUUUUCCCAUCGCGAUUUCGAUAAGAUUCUUGACCGAUAUGAGGCGGGAGAACCUUUCUUCAUGUAUACCGGACGAGGUCCUUCCAGUGACGCGCUACAUCUGGGACAUACGAUUCCGUUUUCUUUUACAAAGUGGUUGCAAGAUGUGUUUGAUGUUCCCCUAGUUAUUCAACUUACAGACGACGAAAAGGCCCUCUUUAAGGAGAAGCUCACAUUCGAGGAUACCUACAAAUUCGGUCUACAAAACGCCAAAGAUAUCAUUGCACAAGGUUUUGACCCCAAAAAGACAUUCAUCUUCAGUAACCUGGAGUAUAUGGGUGGCCCAUUUUUGAUGAAUACCUGGGAAUUUGCCAAACUUGUCACAUUCAACCAAGUGCGAGGAGCUUUUGGAUUCAAUGAGAGCACCAACAUCGGACGAAUUAUGUUCCCUUCAGUGCAGUGUGUGGCUUCAUUCGCUACAUCGUUCCCCGAAAUCUGGUCCGAUCCGCCUGCAAAGGAGCGAACAAAGGCAAUUGCAAAGAUUCCUGUCUUGAUCCCUAUGGCGAUUGACCAGGACCCUUAUUUCCGACUUGUGCGAGAGAAUGCUCAUCGCAUGCGAUUCCCUUCACCGAAACCAGCAUUGAUUCACUCAAAGUUCCUCACUGCUCUGCAAGGCGCUGGCGGCAAGAUGAGUGCCAGUGAUCCCAACUCUGCGAUCUUCAUGUCCGAUACACCGAAUCAGAUCAAGAACAAAAUCAACAAGCACGCGUUCAGCGGUGGUAGAGAAACUCUGGAAGAGCAUCGACGAUUAGGCGGUAUUCCGGAGGUUGACGUCGCAUUUCAAUAUCUCUCAUACUUUGAGGAGGACGACGAGAAACUCAAGAACAUCGAAGACAGCUACCGACGCGGAGAGCUACUUACCGGCGAACUGAAAAAGAUGGCCAUCGAACUGAUACAGCAAUACGUCAAGGAGUUCCAAGAGAGAAGGAAACAGGUGUCGGACGAAAUCAUGAAACAGUUCAUGACACCCCGUAAGCUGGAAUGGAAGGGAAAUCCCAACCCGAAACCCAAGGAGGCCAAAAAGGAUAAAGAACCCAAGUCGGAGAAGAAGUGA